AUGCCAACCACCCAGUCUAUCAACAAUGGGCUCAUCCUGCCUACACUGGUAGAUUACGGCGGCAUCUUCGACCAUUACCUAGACUCGCCGGUGGAGGAGCCACGCGAAUGUGAGCUCCCUGAGAACCGAGUCAAGCGAAAACGAAGUCAACAGAAGAGCGCACAGUCCGAUUCAAGAAACAGGAAGAGCGCGGUGGAAUGGGUUAUCCCAGCGUUGCACAACUGGUCGCUCCCUCCGUUCCUCGGUGACCUAGGUCGAACGCUGAUCAACGACGGAGUAUACCUCCCGCACCCGAAUAUAGCACUACCCAUCAACAGAUAUCUGCACCAGCGCAGACAGAGACUGGCACCGCUCUCGUGGACCGAGCCGUCGGCUCCACACUGGGAGACAGAACAAUGGUUGAAGCUGCUUCCACUGGAGAAAAAGGCCAGGUUUUACCAGGCAGAGCUCCUCGACGAGCCGCUGAUCGGUGCAGAGAAUUAUCUAUCCUGGGUAGAGAAGAUGGGCGAGAUGCUGGAACAGUCUAAUGUCUGGCCGGUUGUUGGCGGUGGUCUGGAGCCAGUGCCAGCGACGAGCGGGUUUUGUACCCGAUGGAGACAGGUGAACAAUCACGCGUGGAUGAUGAUCACUGCAAACGUGUCGCGGGGGAUCCGAUGCGAUCUCUGUGAUCAUGGAUUGGCGUGGGACGCGCGAGGCACUUGGAGUUAUCUUCAGAGGACAUGUGGCGGUGGCUUGGCCAUGACACGGCGAUCUAUGCAAGGCAUUCGAGAUCUUUUGCGCAUCGAGGACGAUGACUGCUCAUCGCUAGAUGACUACCUGUGUCAAAUGCUAGUUUGCAUCCGGGCCAUCGAGUGCAACCGCCAAGGGAGAGAAGACAAUGUCUGGUUGUGGUGCCAGUUCAUUCUGGCAAAUCUAGGCCCGGCAUGGGAUGAUUGGGUCUCGGAUCUUGUGACCAAGGUCGAGAACGACAACACCAAAGGUGACUUCCUGGACAGCUUCGAGCACCUGUAUCAACUCCUCGGGAUGGAGGAGGCGCGGCGUGAACGUGCUUCGCGCUUCCUGCCACGAGGUAGUGAGUGA